AUGGUAAGGAAGAACGGUGGAUUGCCGGCGUGCACCAACGAUCAGCGCACCACGGUCCUUUCUGAACAGGUGAACAUUUCUCAAGACAUUGCAAAGGAGUUGGCGGAGAAUGCGAAGGCGAUUGCUUCGCCCGGCAAAGGCAUUCUCGCGGCCGAUGAAUCGACCGGAACAAUCAAGAAACGUUUCGACGGCAUCGGCGUUGACAACACUGAAGCCAAUCGAGCUUUCUACCGCGACCUGCUGUUCACCUCCAAAGGCAUCGGAAAUUACAUCAGUGGAGCAAUUCUCUUUGAGGAGACGUUGUUCCAGAAAAGUCCGUCGGGGGUUCCUAUGGUCCAGCUGUUGAAGAACGAAGGAAUUAUUCCCGGAAUAAAAGUUGACAAGGGCCUCGCCACGCUCCCUUGCACCGAUGACGAGAAAGCAACUCUAGGCCUCGACGGACUAGCAGAAAGGUGCCAAGAAUACUACAAAGCAGGUGCUCGCUUUGCGAAGUGGCGCGCUGUGCUUACUAUCGAUCAGGCAAAAGGCAAACCUUCCAACUUGUCUAUCCUCGAGGUCGCCCACGGACUCGCCCGCUACGCAGCGAUUUGCCAGGCCAACAGACUUGUGCCGAUAGUUGAGCCUGAGAUUCUCACCGACGGGAGACAUGACAUCACUGUCUGCGCCGAGGUCACUGAGCGCGUGCUUGCAGCAGUCUUCAAAGCUCUGAGUGAUCACCACGUGUUGCUAGAGGGUGCGUUGCUGAAACCCAACAUGGUAACUCAGGGCUCAGAUUGCCCGAAGAAGGCUUCACCCGAGGACGUGGCCUUCUACACCGUUCGCGCACUCCGACGCACCGUUCCUCCAGCGUUGCCGGGUGUGAUGUUUCUUUCUGGCGGUCAGUCGGAGGAGGAGGCCUCCGUCAAUUUGAACGCAAUGAACAAGAUGGGACAUCACCCCUGGACUCUCUCCUUCUCCUACGGCCGAGCUUUGCAGGCCUCCUGCCUCAGCGCGUGGAAGGGGAAACCCGCGAAUAAAGACACUGCCCAGAAAGUCCUGCUGGAGCGAGCAAAAGCGAACAGCGAAGCCCAGCUUGGCAAGUACCAGGGAGGUACUGGCGGGGCUGCAGCCGCGUCGUCUCUGUAUGAAAAGCGUUACGUGUACUGA